AGCUGCUGCUGUAGCGCUCAGUUCUCCCAUGAGUGCUUUCCUGCAGAGGACGAGGGAGACUAUUGUAGUAGUUUAUUGAGCAUCUCGCUCUGAAGAGCAAAAAGCAAAACAUGAAGCUGGAGGUUUUCUCCACCACUCGCAUCUCGGAGAAGGACCCUCUCGGAGAAGCUGAAGUGAACUCUCUACUGUGCGCCGAAGAGGAAUUGGGCUCGGACGGAGACUGCGCGGUGAACAGCCCGGCCCCCGCGGCGAGCGUUUCCGCCCGCACGGCUAAACCAUAUACGCGCAGGCCCAAGCCACCCUACUCGUACAUCGCCCUCAUCGCGAUGGCCAUUCGAGACUCGGCCACGGGUCGCCUAACACUGGCUGAGAUAAACGACUACUUGAUGAAAAAAUUCCCCUUUUUUCGAGGCAGCUACACCGGCUGGCGGAACUCCGUGCGGCACAACUUGUCGCUGAACGACUGCUUUCUGAAAGUACUGCGGGAUCCAUCGCGUCCCUGGGGGAAGGACAACUACUGGAUGCUCAACCCGCACAGCGAGUACACCUUCGCGGACGGCGUCUUCCGACGCAGGAGGAAGCGCAUUGGGAAAAAACCUCUAAAGGACUUGGAGACGCUCGAAGUGGACACCAUGCCUGUGCGCGAGGAGAGCACCGGGAACAGCACCAAGUUUUCGAGCUCUUUCGCCAUCGACAGCAUUCUCAGUAAACCAUUCAGGUGCCGAGACGAAGCAAAAGAAAGAGUUUCCAACGGUACUGAGCUAAUGAUGCACACAGGAUCUCACCUUAUGCCACUGGUCAUGAGCUAUCCACUGGUCACCGUACCGUUAUUCCAUGUCGGCUCUGAAGUCUCACGUGCGUCUCAAGUGGACCCCACAAACUUAACUAAACGUGUGUCUGAUUUCCAGAGCCAGCUCCAGGAUCUGCCCCAUCACCACAUUACCCAUUACUCUGUACAGGAGGCUCGGUAUCACCCUUUUAGAAUCGACUCUUUACUUUCCUGAGACACAGUAGACCCCGGUUAUGUGCACUUUCUCAGUUGUAUAAUCUGAAAACUUGGUGGUUUGCUGUAACUAAUCUUUCACUAUUUCUGUCCAAAAUCCAAAUCUUCUAAAUGUUCAGGCAUUGCAUUCACUUUACAUGUUUACUGAUUACAUUUUUAUUUAUCAUAAGUGACUGGAGAAAUGUGGUAUGUAUUUAAGUGUAUAUAGUUUGUAUCAGUGAAGUUGUAUGGUCAGAAACUUUUACUAAUGUUAAUAUGUGGAGAUUAUUUGUGUGAGCUGCGCUCCCUCAGAUGGACAGAACUGUAUCAUUGAAAUGUUUGCAAAUAAAGAAAGAAAUGCA